AAUAACAAUAAUUCUAAAGGCCAAGCCGAAUUGUGCGACUCUUCUAAUACUAACACAUCGACUAAUAACUCUAACGUUACUAAUCCUAUUUCCACUGCUGAUCAAGAUUCUAAUAUUAAUUAUUUUCAUAAUGAUGAUAACUUUGACAACAAUAAUAAUUAUGGUAAUAGUUGUAGUAAGUUAUAUAGUAGUAAUAAAAGUUUAAAUGAAAAAGUUAAGAUUGAGAUGAAAUCCUCCACUGACGAACAACAACAACGUUUUAACUUUAUAAACAAAAUCUAUCACUGCCUCGAUCAAAGGAUUUCCAAAGGAGACCAAAAUCCUGAUGAUAAUAAAGACAGAGAUGCGAAAUUUGGCUACUUUGCUCGUGAAAUUGAAAAAGUUCUGUUUCAGCAUUUUCGUAACACGGAAAAAGCCUAUAAAACACAACUUUCUCUCAUUUUAAAUUCAAUUCGAGAUAAGGAGUUAUCCUUUGCAGUACGCUUAUUAGAGGGGCAAGUCCCUCUAAGUAAGCUGGCCACUAUGAAAGCUGACGGAUUUCAGACGGAGAUGGCAGAAAUGGAAGCAAAGAUCAAGAAAAAGCACUUUGAGAGUACGUUUGUACGGGAACCGCAAUCCUACAUCAAGAAGGAUCACAAGGGCGAGCGGAUCGUGGUGGUCAGUCAUACAGUAGGGGAAGCAGCGCCGUCUGCAAAACCACCAGACAUUGCUCCUGUGUCCAAUUCACGUCCCUCUCAGAGCCAAUCGUCCGGCCUGCUGAGGGACCAGUCGGGGGCUUGCGCCUCCCCUAUAAAACUGGAGGAAGACGAUAUCGAUCCGAGCAUCCUUUUAUCUCCCAAAGUUGAAGAAGGGAUUCGGCUCGAUCUUGAGGCGAGCGAUAAAACUUGGGAUGGCACCCUUAAGGUCGGUGAUUCUACUCUUUUCACGAUUCGAAUGCUUCCGACUGCUGACAGUGAAGAGCUGGACUCUGUCUUUGCUCUGCUGCCCGAGACACUUACUAUUGCGGGAAGUCUUGCAGAGCGGAAGUGUCUUUCGUAUUUAAAAGAGGAGAUCGAGGAUAUCUGUGUGAAGAGAGGCUCCAGAAAAAUAUAUGCCAGCUGGCUUGAACCGCUAAAUAAAAGCAAUGAGAGAGAGUACAGUAAUUUGUGCGAGAAACUACUUAAAGAAAGGAAGGCUCUUGUUGUUGGAAACUGCGACCCAAUUUUCAGAGAUUUUUAUGUGAUGGGCCUCGACCUUAGUCGGAAGUACAUGCCACACUGCCUUCAAACGCUCUCCCGCGACAGCACACGUGGCAAAUUUCUGGUCACCAUCAUCUGUCAUAAAAUCGGAUGCAUAGCGCCGGAAAAGUUGCGAGAGCAGGCGAAGGAGAAGCGGGGAGCAUCCCGCCUCUCUCGCGACCUUGCUAAACGAAAGCACUCAGUGGAGGCAGCCGCCAAGGCAAGCGUGGAGGCAUCCAGCGGUGAGGCGACCACCGUGACAACGUCUGCAGCGACGUCGAAGGAAAACGUUUUUAAAGCGCCCGAACAAAGAAUUUAUGCUGGUGGCUUCAGCAGUGAGCAUGUUCCCGAGCAGCUCGCUGCAGGGCAUAUCCUCCCCAGUCCUGUGACCAGUUUUUCACCUCAGCAGUCUCCACAACUAUAUCCGCCCGCCUUUCCGCCCCAGCGACCCACAGGCCAAGCCCCGCUGUAUGCUACUUGGCCUCCUGACCCUAGCCUCUCGUAUGGACAAAGCCCCGACCAAAGCCAACUCUCACCUUUGUCUUUCAUGCUUGGAGCUUCCCAUCCGCCCUUGCCUCUGCCAACCUAUAACAGCCCCGUUCGUGCAGCACCGAUCCAGUUACCCCCUCUUGUUCAGCCAACUGCCUUUUCCCAGUCUCCUCUCUCUUGCUCUCCAUCGCAACGACCUGCCCACGCUUCCUUCAAUCGCCCACCGCUGCUGUUUUCUGCGGCUCCUUCUUCCUAUCCGCUGUCACGCGGCUUGGAGGGCACUCUUGCACAAAAGGGUCAACAGUCAUAUUUUUCUGGAGUUAGUAGCUGGCCACAAGCCCCUCCUUUCUCGAACAAGUGAUGCAACUAGAAUAUUAAUAGUUAUUAAAAUAACAUUUAAAGUUGUUACUGAGUAAAGAAAAAGUAAAAGUUUUCCAAUUCCGUUAUUAAUCAAACGUAAAGCAAUAAAAAGUUUGCGUAGCUUUAAUAACGGGCCAACAGUUCUGAUUGUAUAAUGGUAUUACAAACAAAUAGAUAAUAUU